AUGUCACGGAACUAUAACCUAUAUCUCCAAGACGUAGUGGUGGCAGCCGAUCGUAUUGCAUCCUAUGUUGAAGGUGUUACUCGCGGUGAGUUUGAGGCGGACCAGAUGCGGCUUGAUGCAGUUAUCCGAAACCUUCAAGUCAUCGGUGAAGCAGUCAAGAAGAUUCCCAAUUCAAUUAAAAAAGGGUAUCCAAGCAUUCUAUGGCACGAAAUUGCAGGGUUAAGAAACAGAGUAACCCACGUAUAUUUUGAUGUGGAUAUUAAUAUUAUCUGGGAUGUAGUACAAUUUGAACUUCCGACGCUGAAAACACAAAUUCAACAGAUUCUCAAGGAGAGAAGCGGAUGA